AUGCACUACAGGAAUUUGUCGAUACGUGAAUCCAGAACGAUAGGCCAGUUCCGCCAGUUUCCACUGCCCACCACCACCACCACCACCACCUACUGCCAACUGCCCCACCACCACCGACUCACCAGCACCACAACAAACCGACCAACCGUGCCAACCUGCGUCUGCCUCUGCCUGUACUCCGCCUCCGCCUCUGCCUCCCCAUCCACCUCCACCUACUACCUCCUCGUCUCCGCCUCCAUCGUCGACCUCUUGCCGCCGUCAUUCGACAACCACCGACCACGCUCACCUCUGGCCUCUGCCUCUGGCCUCUGCUCUGGCCUCAUCCUCCACCUCCCACCUUCACCUCUGCGCUCCACCUCCGUCGUUACCCGCUUGCCGCCGUCGCUUUCCCACAACCACCGACAACGUUGCCCCUACUCUACGAACCUCCAUCCUCCACCUCCCUCGUCGACCCCCCUUUGCCACCCAAGUUCGUUUACAUCGCACACCCUGGACCCAGCGCCUACUGCUCCACCAUCGCACCUCCACGUACGGACUCCCUUGCGCCGGCGUCCAUUCUCAGCAUCACGGGAGACAGCAUCCCCGCUACACCCGCCACCCGACCACGCCACUUCCCAUCCUCUCCACCACCAUCGGCGCACCCUUAGGGCUCUUUCCCCACCACCUACCGACCACGCUGCCUCUGCCUCCACCUCCACCUCCAUCGACGACUCUCUUGCCGACGUCAUUCCUCAGCAUCACGGGAAACAGGCGGUCCUCUGCAACCACCGCCACCGGACCACGCCUAAUUCCCCUCCACCUCCAUCGGCGACUCCCCUGCCGUGGCAUCCCACACCACGGGAGACAGCAGUCGCUAAACCAACCCACAUGACACUGUUCUUAUACGAUACUCUUGGAUUGCAAGCCAUUGUCGUGGUCACUCCUGGUCGCAGAUAUAAGGAAGCUGUUUAA